ACGUGGCCAAUGAGCAUGCGCGUCGCGGCCUGGACAGGAAUCAUGGCCGGGGACCACUGGACGUCGAAGCGACCCUGCUGGGCCCUCGCUGGGCUGCUGCUGCUGCUGCUGGCCAACCUCUGGGCGCCGACGGACGCGCUGGCGGUGAUGUCGGUGGACCUCGGCAGCGAAUCCAUGAAGGUGGCGAUCGUCAAACCCGGAGUGCCCAUGGAGAUCGUCCUGAACAAGGAAUCCCGGAGGAAAACCCCCGUCACCGUAGCCCUGAAGGAAAACGAACGGUUCUUCGGAGACAGCGCAGCCAGCGUGGCAAUCAAGAACCCGAAGGUGGCCCUGCGCUACUUCCAGGAUCUGCUGGGAAAAAGGGCGGACAACCCGCACGUGGCUCUCUACCGCAAGCGUUUCCCCGAGCACGAGCUGGCCACCGACCCGCAGAGGCAGACGGUGCUCUUCCGCCUCACCCCGCAGAUGCAGUUUUCUCCCGAGGAGGUCCUGGGGAUGGUCCUCAACUAUUCCCGCUCCCUAGCUGAGGAGUUCGCCGAGCAGCCCAUCAAGGACGCGGUGAUCACGGUGCCAGCCUUCUUCAACCAGGCGGAGCGGCGGGCCGUACUGCAGGCCGCCCGCAUGGCCGACCUCAAGGUCCUGCAGCUCAUCAACGCCAACACCGCCACGGCCCUCAGCUACGGCGUCUUCCGCCGCAAAGACAUCAACGCCACCGCCCAGAACGUGAUGUUCUACGACAUGGGGGCCGGCAGCACCGUCUGCACCAUCGUCACCUACCAGACGGUGAAGACCAAAGAGGCGGGGACGCAGCCCCAGCUGCAGAUCCGCGGGGUGGGCUUCGACCGCACCCUCGGGGGGCUGGAGAUGGAGCUGCGCCUGCGGGAGCACCUGGCCGGCCUGUUCAACGAGCAGCGGCGGGCACGGGGGGCCCCGGACGUGCGCGGGAACCCUCGGGCCAUGGCCAAGCUGCUGCGCGAGGCCAACCGGCUCAAGACCAUCCUGAGCGCCAACGCCGACCACAUGGCGCAGAUCGAGGGGCUGAUGGACGACGUGGACUUCAAGGCCAAGGUGACGCGGGCGGAGCUGGAGGAUCUGUGCGCGGACCUGUUCGAGCGCGUGCCGGGGCCCGUGCGGCAGGCGCUCAGCAGCGCCGAGAUGAGCCUGGACGAGAUCGAGCAGGUGAUUCUGGUCGGGGGAGCCACCCGGGUGCCCAAGGUGCAGGAGGCGCUGCUCAAAGCCGUGGGCAAAGAGGAGCUGGGGAAGAACAUCAAUGCAGACGAGGCCGCGGCCAUGGGGGCCGUGUACCAAGCGGCGGCGCUCAGUAAGGCCUUCAAGGUGAAGCCCUUCGGCGUGCGGGACGCCACCCUCUUCCCCAUCCAGGUGGAGUUCAGCCGGGAAGUGGAGGAGGAGAGCGGCGGCCGGAGCCUGAAGCACAACAGGCGCCUCCUGUUCUCCCGCAUGGGCCCCUACCCCCAGCGCAAGGUUAUCACCUUCAACCGCUACAGCCACGACUUCCACUUCAGCGUCAACUACGGCGACUUGGGCUUCCUGGGGCCGGAGGAUCUGCGGGUGUUCGGCUCUCUGAACCUGACCACGGUGAAGCUCAGGGGCGUGGGAGAGGCCUUCCAGAAACAUCCGGGCUACGAGUCCAAGGGCAUCAAGGCUCACUUCAACCUGGACGAGAGCGGCGUGCUGAGCCUCGACCGGGUGGAGUCGGUGUUCGAGACGACGGUGGAGGAGAAGCCCGAGGAGGAGUCCACUCUGACCAAGCUGGGCAACACCAUCUCCAGUCUGUUCGGCGGAGGCUCUGCCGCGGACACCCAGGAGAACGCCACUGAGUCCGCCCCGGAGGAGGAGGAAGGCCCAGCAGAGGGGAGCAAGGAAGAGCCCCCAAAGCAGGUGGAGCCCCAGGAGGGAGCUGAGACCCCCAAGGAGGAGGAGAAGCAGCCCGUGACCCCGGAGCCGGCCGCCGACAAGGCCCCUGACGGGGAGAAGGCGGCCGAGGAGGAGGAGGCGGCGGCGGCGGCGGGAGAGAAGAAGCCGGAGGGUCAGGAGUCGCGGGAGAAGGGCGAGGGCCAGGGCGGGGCCCAGGCCCCCGAGGAGGAGCCGCCCACAGCCAAGGCGCUGAAGAGACAGAAGCUGGUGGAGGAGAUCACGGCCGACGUGGUGGUGCUGGACCUGCCGGACCCGUCUGACGACCAGCUGGCGCUCUCCCUGCGGCGGCUCCAGGACCUGACCAUCCGCGAUCUGGAGAAGCAGGAGAGGGAGAAGGCCGCCAACAGCCUGGAGGCCUUUAUCUUCGAGACCCAGGACAAGCUGUACCAGCCCGAGUACCAGGAGGUGUCCACGGAGGAGCAGCGCGAGGAGAUCUCGGCCCGGCUGCGGGCCGCGGCCGCCUGGCUGGAGGACGAGGGCUUCGGGGCCAGCACCAAGGACCUGAAGGAGAAGUUGGCGGAGCUGCGCAAGCUGUGCCGGGGGCUGUUCUUGCGAGUGGACGAGCGUCGGAAGUGGCCAGAGCGGCUGGCCGCCCUCGACAGCCUCCUCAACCACUCCAGCAUCUUCCUCAAGGGUGCCCGGAUGAUCCCCGAGUUGGACCAGAUCUUCACGGAGGUGGAGAUGAACACCCUGGAGCGGCUCAUCAACGAGACGGGGGCCUGGAAGAACGCGACGCUGGCGGAGCAGGCCCGGCUGGCGCCCACGGAGAAACCGGUGCUGCUGUCGAAGGACAUCGAGGCCCGGAUGGCGGCCCUGGACCGCGAGGUGCAGUACCUGCUCAACAAGGCCAAGUUCGCCAAGCCGCGGCCCCGGGCCAAGGACAGGAACGCCACCAAGGCCGAGCCGCCCCUCAACGCCAGCGCCCCCGGCCCCGAGGCCGCCCCGCCCACAGCAGGGAAGCCGGAAGCCGGGAAGCCCGUCCCAGAGCCGCCUGUAGCAGGGACCGAAGCGGAGACCCCCGACUUAGGGGAAGCUGAGCCUCUGGAGCUGCCAGGGGCAGAUGAAGAGCAGAGGGAGCAGCCCGCCCCGCCCGAGGACGCCCGGGACACACGGAAGAACGACGAGCUAUAACCGCCCCGUGGUGCCCCCUCCCUCUAUUUAUUGCCCCCUCCCCUCACCCCCCGGGGCUUGCCCUCUUCCCCCCCCGGGGGUGGGCGGAGGGGCCGAGACAGCGGGAGCCCCCGGCCCCUGGUCCCCGAGAGAGGGCGGGGGCCGCCGCCCCGAAGCCGGCGACCGUCCAGUACACCACCUGGCCCACGCUGGGAGGCCCGACCUCCCGGUGGACGGGGCAAGGAGAGGGGAGGGGGCUGGCCGGAGGGCAUUAGGGAAUUGGGGGAGAGUUUCCAGUGGGGUUGGGCUCUUAUCCAACCCUCUUCUCUCUCUCUCUCUCUCAGAUUUUCUCGGUCUGGUCCCCCUCCUUUUCCCUCCCUCCCGCCUUCCCCCGUCUCCAUCCCCUCGUCAACCCCCCAGGACCCCCCCCAGCUCUCUGCAUCUCCCCGAACCCCCAGCUCAGCCGACAUCUCAUCUCAACUGCCGCCGCCCCCCGCCCCCCCAACACACCCAGUUUCAUGGGUGAGGCCCCGGAGGAUGGAUUUGGGCAGGCGGGAAGGAAGGAAGGAAGGGGCAGCACCCACUGGGCAUCCUACCCUUUUGAGUUUCCCCAUCUCUCGCUUUUUCCCCCCCUCCGCCCCCAUCCUCUUCUUUCCUGCCGCCGUCUCCCACUCCCAGGGGGACCAGACUGUGCUUUCUACUGUGAUUCCCCCGAGGGGAAGGAGAGGAAGCCACCGGGGAAAUGUAAAGGCUGACAUGGGGGGGACGGGGGGGUCCCGGUUCUCUCCCUGGGCACGUUGGAAGGUGGUACGGAGGAGUGGGUGGCUCUUCCUCCCAGGAUUUAUGAGCAACCUGGCUGGCUAGAUCUGGGUUCCCCCCCCAACGCACCCCAACACCACUACCUUAAUUUCUUUUUUUUUUUCUUUUUUGCCACAUUGGCAGAAACUGGGAUCCGGGUGUCUUUGCUCCCUCUCCUCCCCUACCACCACCCUUCUCCCAGCCCCAUCCCCGGGGCCUUCGUCUAGGCAUUGAGGCUGGUUGGAUAGUUUGGAGUGGAAUGGUGCUUUGCUCCGUUGUUAAUUGAUUGAGAAAUGGUUUCAAUAAAAUGGUCACUUUUCUACAA